CUUCUAUUCAAACAUAUUUCACAUAAUCAAUAAUGUCUGUUCUUGAUCAAAUCAAAAAAUUCACCACCAUUGUCGCAGACUCUGGCGAUUUUGAGACCAUUGCUCAGUAUAAGCCCCAGGAUGCCACAACCAACCCCUCUUUGAUUCUUGCUGCCUCCCAAAAGGAGCAAUACGCCAAGUUGGUAGAUGAGGCAAUUGAGUUUGCCAAGGCUAAAGGAGGUUCUGCCCAAGAGGUUCUUGAUUGGGCCACCGACAAGCUUCUGGUCAACUUUGGUACUGAGAUCUUGAAGAUUGUUCCUGGACGUGUCUCUACUGAGGUCGAUGCCCGUCUCUCGUUUGACAAGGAUGCUACUGUUGCCAAAGCCCUUCGUCUUAUCAAGCUUUAUGCUGAUGCAAACGUACACAAAGAUCGCGUUCUGAUCAAGAUUGCCUCCACCUGGGAGGGUAUUCAGGCCGCCAAUAUCCUUGAGAAGGAACACAAGAUCCACUGUAACCUCACUUUGUUGUUUGGAUUCCCUCAGGCAGUUGCCUGCGCUGAGGCUGGUGUCACUCUCAUUUCUCCUUUUGUUGGUCGUAUUAUGGACUGGUACAAGAAGUCAACUGGAAAGACAUAUUCUAGCACCGAGGAUCCUGGUGUGCUGUCGGUGUCAAAAAUCUACAACUAUUACAAGCAAUAUAACUACAACACCAUUGUCAUGGGCGCCUCGUUCCGUAAUACUGGUGAGAUUGAAGAGUUGGCUGGCUGUGAUUUCUUGACAAUCUCUCCUGCCUUGUUGGGUGAGCUCCAGAAAGACAAUAAGACUUUGGAACGUAGAUUGAGUCCUGAGAGUGCAAAGGCUCAGUCACUCCCCAAGGUCUCUUUCUUUAACAACGAAAAGGCUUUCCGUUGGGAGAUGAAUGAGGACGCAAUGGCCACAGAGAAGCUUUCUGAGGGUAUCCGCAACUUUGCUGCUGAUGGUAUCAAGCUCGAGAACGCUUUGAAGAAGAAGCUUAAUUUGUAAACUUUUUUUCCCUUUUUUCCUGUCUAUUUUUCCGUGUCAAUAAAAUGUAGUAUACGUACCCGUAUUUUAUAUGCCUUAUGGGGCCUU